AUGGAAUUGACCUUAACUGAGACUAAGGAGAAGGAGACUCUGUGGGGAGCCGCGCUCAUAGACCAAGUGGAUCCAACAAGGUGCAGUUCUCUUACUAGACUUUGUGGAGUAGUUGGUUAUGUCCGCAGAGCUGUAAAGAAGUGGUUGGCCCAUGUAGGCAGGGCCUCCAAGCCAGCAAAGUGGGAGGCAGUAUUGACAGUAAAGGAACGCAAAGCUGCAUUCGAAGACCUGUGCUUAGCCGCCCAGAAUGGAGUUACGUUUCCUGUGACGACGCUAGACAGACUCGUUGUCAGUAGGGAUGAGGCUUCAGGGCUACUGAGAUGUCAUGGUAGAGUCCAGGCUUUGACCCAAGGAGAGAUUGGUGUACCCUUGGUUCCCUACAAGGCGUGGAUCAGCACUCUUCUCGUGAGAGAGGCCCAUGAAACUAAUCACGAAGGGGUUGCUGGCACACUCCUCCGUGUGAGGUCUAAAGCAUGGGUGGUGAUGGGUUCAAGGAUUGCCAGAAAUGUUGUUGAUUCUUGUAUGCAUUGUCGGAAGAUCAAAGCAAGAAUGUGCAAACAGGUGAUGAGUGAACUUCCCCUUGAACGAACUAAACCAGCCGCACCAUUUGAGUUUACGACGUUAGACCUUUUCGGUCCUUAUGUUGUUAAAGAUACUGUAAGACGAAGAGCGGAGAUGAAAGUCUGGGGCGUGGUAUUCAGCUGUAUGGCUUCGAGAGCAGUACAUGCUGACAUUGUGGAAGAUCUGUCGACGGAAGGAUUCCUGAAAGCAUACCAGCGCUUCACAGCUCUUAGGGGUCACCCAAGAAAGCUCUGGUCGGACCAAGGGACCAACUUUGUGGGUGCCAGACCUGUGUUACAGGAGCUUUAUGAGUUCCUAAGUAACAUCGACAAGGAUCAGAUCCAGAAGAAGGCAGUAGUUGGAGGAACCGACUGGACGUGGGUGUUUCACCCGGCUGACUCUCCUCAUCGAAAUGGAGCAGCCGAGGCAGCAGUUGGUGUACUUAAGAGAGCUUUAAGUAGUGUUGGCAAGGAAUGUAAUCUGACAGCACUGGAAUUCCAGACCCUUCUGUACCUGGCUGCUAAUCUGUCAAAUGAGAGACCUAUCGGUGCCAGAGCUCAGGUACAAGAUGAGACCGUGGAAGUAAUCACUCCCAACUCGCUUCUGCUCGGUCGCGCAGGACCCAAUGGGGACUCCCGAGGUUUUGAGUAUCCAACUUACCCUGUCGUGCGUCUAAGAACAAUCCAGAUUGAGGUUGAUAAAUUCUGGAAGCGAUGGAGCCAGCUGGCAGGUCCAAACCUCUAUAUCCGCCAGAAGUGGCACGCGCCUGCUAGAAAUGUUGCAGUGGGUGAUCUGGUAUGGUUAGCUGAUCAGAACGCACUGAGGGGUCAGUUCAGGCUGGGUCGAGUUGUGGAGGUGUGUCCUGAUGCGAGGGGUGUAGUACGAGAUGUGAGAGUGGCAACAUGUCGAAGUUGUCCAGUUUCCGGCGGACAGUUCAAGAGAAACCGAGGUGAGGAGAACUAUCCCUCCACCAUCCUCCACAGGGAUGUUAGGAGGUUGGUGGUUCUGCUUCCAGUGGAGGAGCAGUAAAGGAUCCCCACCAUGGUGUGUUUCGGUGAAGGAUCCCCACCAUGGUGUGUUUCGGUGAAGGAUCGAAACUUUCCCCGCUACCAUCUUCCCCGAGGCUGGUAGUGUGUUUCGGUAAAGGAGGUCGUAAUAUUAUCAAGGACAAUGUGUGUUGUUUUGGACAUUAAAACUACCAUGAAGAUAGUUAUUCAUGUUGUAACAUGAUACGUUCAUAUUCAAGUAUGCAAUGUUAUUUGCAUGGAUAGAGAUAAUUUCAUAUCUAGAAGUGAAUUGUUUGGUUGUGGUGGCCUACUUGGAUUCUAGAAUCAGUAGACCAAGUGGGAGGUGUAGAACUUUCCAGCAGGUGUCGCUAUUAUUUUACAUAUGCAUAUCAUUAUUGAUAGAUGUUAUUAUUAUGUUUUGGGGUAUUUGAAGAAAUAAGUAUGUAUAUUUACCAUCUCAUUCUAAAUUUGAGGACAUUUAUGUUAUAUUUCGUAUAUGUUAAUCUUACUAGGUUACAGGUAUGUUUUAUUAUCUUUCCUAGUCACCAGAUUAUGUAUAUGUAUAUGCGUAGUUAGUCAGUGCGCAGGCGCCGCCUAUGUUCAUUUUCAUUCUGUUGUUGGAUCAGGACUGGUACGCUUGCCGGUUUACGACCUAGCAGUCGAACUAACUGAUUAGUUAAGACAAGCUAAACGUCACACAUAACUAGCUUGUGGAUGAUUAUUGUGCAUUUGUACACAAUAAAGGCUCGAGUUGUAUCCGCCGUGCUUGUCCUGAAACCCUUCCAGUGGGGAGUUUAGUGAGCUAUACCAGACAGCUUAUUAAAAAACUGGACACGUAUUAUUGAUUCGCAUUUUCGUGUGAUCGUGACCCAAAAUUAGAUGUUUAGUCAUAGCCUCAUACAUUUAAAAUUGUAAUAACAGGGUCCGUCUUAAAGGAAUUUAAAUAUUUAUUUUGUACACACUUUAAAAUCAUUACCUGGUUUGAGAGGACUAUACACUCACACACAUCAUGGUAUGUGAGGUCAUAGUUGUAUUCAUACACACACACAUCAUGGUAUGUGAG